AUGGCAGGUUUGCUGAAGAAGACCACCGGCCUUGUGGGAUUGGCUGUAUGUGAGAGUCCACAUGAGAGGCUAAGAAUAUCGUACACAAAGAUUCUUGAUGUUCUCGAGCAAAUUCUUAAAAACGCAACAUAUAGAAAGUAUACAGAACAGAUUACAAAUGAAAAGCUGAGUAUGGUUAAAGUGGAACCAGAUGUUAAGAAAUUAGAAGACCAACUUCAGGGUGGCCAACUAGAAGAGGUGAUUCUUCAGGCUGAAAAUGAACUAAGUCUGGCCAGAAAAAUGUUACAGUGGAGACCAUGGGAGCCUUUAAUGGAAGAGCCUCCUGCCAACCAAUGGAAAUGA